AUGCUUGGUUGCACGUUGCCAGUCGAAGCAGAGAUAUUGACACGGCUUGGAACAGCCACUUACGAGAUUUACCAUCCACUGCUGGUUCCCAGCAUGCUUAUCGAAAUUGAGAGAAAGCGCCACCUGCCAAUAGUGAACAACACUCUUGACGAGCUCGAAGGGCGGAUCCUGGAGCUGGACGAGGAUCCCGAGUUCCUGCAACAUAUAACGGAGACAGAAAAGGUUUCUCGCAAAAAAGCAAGGAGAUUAGCCUGGUUAGACAUGCAGUAUCUCCGAAAUCAACUUCUGAGCUGGAGUACCUGCUUGGAAGUCUUUUACGAGCAUGUGGAUUACCUCAACCGAACAAUAUUUCGCGACACGAGUCCGUCGAACAUUGACACAGACUGGUAUGACUCAAUCGACGAGAUCUCUCUAGUACAUGGUCAGCAGAACCAGGAGGUCGGCCAUCAUGCGGACGUUGUUUCUACGGAGCUUCAGGUUUACAAGUAUCAGGAGGUAUCAUCAGUUCGACUAAUGAAGACUUAUAUGAGACGGACGGGCGUUAAAAUGCGAUGGAGACUACGAGAAAUUAUGAAGGAAUAUAACGAGAAGAUCCGAGAGUGCACUACGGGCUACGAAGGAAUGAUCAUGACGACACAAUGGGCUCAAGGAGAAACAAAUGUGGAGAUAGCAUUGGCGACAAGUCAGGACUCACGUCAUAUGCGAUCCAUCGCACUAGUCACCAUGAUAUUCCUCCCUGGAACAUUCUUUGCAGAACCUCUCCUCAGGACUUGGAACAAGUCAGUUCUUGAGUCUGAGACCAUUCAAGCCUUUGCUAGGUUGGAUCGUGAAGUCUACAAUGGCAAGGGUGAGUAA